UUUGCCCCGGCGCAUGGUCGUUUUUCAUUUCUUUCUUUUUUUCUUUUUUCCUUCCUUUCAUUCGUUGUCGUCGUAAUCACGCACAGUCCAUAGAGGUCCGUGCACUACCACUGGCUGCUAUACGACAAUUCAUAUAUUCAUAUAUUUUAUCAUAAUAUACACGACUGCAAACGCGUUUUAUAAUAUAACAUAUUUAUACAAAUAUUACACCAGCAACUAUACCAUGGUACCGUUGAACCAGACACGAUCGUCUGCCGUUAGACGUCGCAAUCGGAUCCGAGGACCUUCGCUGUUGUUGGUGGCCUAUGCGUGCGUCUGUAUCUAUGGUAGCCAAGUCCGUUCUCAGAGAGCCGGCGGUGGUAACCGGGAUGCACCGGUGGUCAACAUCCCCAGGCAGGGCGCCGUUUCCGGUGUUGAGGUGCAGCUUAACAAGAUCGGAAACCGGGCUUGGAUGUAUCUGGGCAUACCUUUCGCCAAGCCACCCAUUGGCAACCUGCGRUUCGCGCCGCCUGAUGUCGAUCCUCCGCCCACGUGGAGCGGCGUCCUCGUUGGGUCUGCACACAAACCAGCAUGCAUCCCGGACCCGCCCGUCCGGUCACAUCCUGUCCAUCGAUUAUUCUCAACCGUCACUCCAGGUCCAGUCAAAAUUUCCGAGGACUGCUUGUACUUGAACAUCUAUAGACCGGAAGGUGCGGUACCGGAAGAAAAGUUUCCAGUCAUGGUUUGGUUUCAUCCUGGUGAUUUUCAUUGGGGAUCACCGAUUUAUUGGGACGCUUCAGUUUUGGCUGCUAGACACAAAGUGAUCGUGGUUACUACGGCCUAUCGUUUGAAUAUAUUGGGCUUCUACACGGACAACACUGCAGAGGCGUCAGGCAACUGGGGCUUGAUGGAUCAGGCAGCCGCACUGGACUGGGUGCAGCGGAACAUCGAAAACUUCGGCGGUGCGGCGCAGAACGUGACAGUGUUCGGGCAGGGCUCAGGCGCAGUAAGCGUGGGCCUGCACGUGGUGUCACCUGGGUCUCGAGACAAGUUCCACCGGGCGAUCAGUAUGAGCGGAAACGCGCUGCUUCGGACCGCCGUGAUGACAGCAGACGGACCGGAAGCGGUACUGGAUGCGUUGGCUGACAAGUUCAACUGCUUUCGGAACACGUUGACAGGGUGUCUGCGGAACGUGGACGCCGAGUUGCUCGUGAAGGGUGGUGGUUCAUUGACCCGUUGGGGCCCGGUGGUCGACGGUCUGGCGCUAGCCAACGACAGCAGUGGUCUAGAACCAUUUUUACCGGAUAUGCCUGCCGCACUUAUGGACGACGGCCGGUUCACCGCUGUCCCGUACAUGAUCGGCUACAACCGAAUGGAGGACUCGUUCGAUGCAUUUGACAGAGGGGAUGGUGGUGGUGGUGCUGGUGGUGCUGGUGGUGAAGGCAUAACCAGAGAUCGGUUUGAGGCAUUGGUUCGGGAAGACGUCGCGAUCGAGGACGAAGACGAUCGUCGGAUUCGUCAGUUCCGGAAGUUCCAGCAACAACAGCAACAGCAGCCAGUCGCUACGGUCACCACUGGGGAAGCGGUAAGUGGAUUUUCGGACGGUGAAAUGAUCAUCAACGAUGAGGGGAACUGUACGCUGGACGCUGACUUUGUUGUGGAUACGGUCGUGUUUCGGUAUGCCAGGCAAACGGAUGACCCAGAAACUCUGCGACGGAAUUACGUGAUCAUGGCUGCCAACAAGGUAUACGGGGCCACCACUUACCGGGUGGCCAGUUACGUGUCACGCCUGAAAUCCACGUACGUGUACCGGUACGAAUAUAAGUUACGUGCGACCAAAGCGCUGCCUGCUGCCGCCGAAUGGAUGGACGCACCGCACGGGGCCGAGCUGCCCAUCAUGUGGGGCAUGCCWUACUGGCCGUCRGCCACKGCCAUCGACUGGACGGCCGCCGACCGACGGAUGUCGGACACCAUGAUGGCAAUGUGGACAAACUUCGCACGGCACGCCGAUCCAGCACACCGCUCAGCCGCGGUCAACGUCCGGUGGGAAGAGUAUGAGGCRCGCAACCCCCGCGUCAUGGUGCUGGACAAGGUGCCAAACAUGUCACAACCCGACCAGGAGCCUGAGUUCUGGAAUAAGUACUACCCCAAGGUGCUGGCCGUCGCGCUGCAAUGUUGUGCUAAUCAAACUGUAGAAUCGGCCGCCACCAACGUUGUAGGGGAGCCCGGGCCCACCGUUUUGAUUGCGUUGGGUCUGGUGGUCCUAUCGUYGUCAUUGGUAGCGAACUCAUUGUCGCUGAUGGUAUAAGCACGUGUACCGACCACACAAAUGCCAACUUAAUGUUAUUUCAUAGCUAGGACAAUAAUUUUUACAGUAUAAUAUGUGUUGUUACUAGGUAUAUUAUUCUUUAAAAUUAUUAAAAUAUUAUCAUUCUCAUCAGGUCCGUGGAAUACGUUUUGAAUUUUUAAGCGACGAUAAUGCCGGAAGCGUGCUACUGCGUUUUUUAAUAGGGGUGAUGGUUGGGUGUCAUGAAUGUUGGGAAAAUAUCGAUUUCUUUCCCUAAAAUACGUGGUUUGUAAGUUGCAYUGAAUUCACAUGAAAUAUUACUCACAGAAUAAAUAUUAUAAUAAUAUUAAUAUUAUGUAGGUAUAGUAUGAAAUGUCGGAAAACAAUAACUGCUCUAUUGCACCACCACGCGUAUCGUGAAAGUCGACAAUAACUACACCUCACAUGAACCACACACGUAAUUCAGUUUUAUGUKUUUACGGUAUAAACUAAAUUAAAACAAUCAACAAAAGUAUACAUAUAAUAUAAUACAACUGUUAUUUGAAUUUCUAAAACAAAAAAUACCUAAUAGAUACUAUUAAUUAGUAUUAUUUGUGGUAUUCAAUUAUUGUGAAGAUGUACAAGCUCUAUUUUGUUUUGUUAUAUUGUGCCCUUUUAUAUCAUUAGGAUUUUGGUUAAGGGAUUUUUAAAGAUUUUUAAAUUGUGUCCCUAAAAUAUGUUUCAGUACAAUCAAACAAGCACAUGUGUAUUGUAUACUUUAUUUCAAAAGUUUCUUUGAAAUUAGAUUUAUUUUUCAAAAACCAUUAAUUUAAAAUGUAUUAAGAAUGAUAAAAAGAUCUAU